AUGGUUCAAUUAUUGAGUAGAUAUACACUUAUAUGUAAAGAUACUAUUUCAAAUAGUAAAUUUAUAUGGGAUAUUUCUUCGUGUAUUUGUGAUUUUCGUGUCAAUAUUCAUGAGUGCCCUGAAACAGAAAUGUUAACAAUAGCAUAUUGGAUUUUAGUUCCUUAUUGUUUAAUGUUAUGUUUAACGUCAAUAAUAUGUCUUUAUCAUUUAAUGUAUAUCAAGAAAGAAUCAUUUUUUUUCAACCCCCGAGUGAAUUCCAAUUCAAGAAUAAAUUGUGGAUUUUUAAGGACAAGACCCCAACAUACUUUUUAUGUUACAGUCUUAAUUUAUUGUUCAGUACAAGUAAUUCAUUCUAUUUGUUUAAUUUAUGAUUAUUAUCCGACUGUUUAUUGGGCAGAAAUUGGUCAAGCGUUACCAAGAACUCUUAGUAUCUCUUUUUCGAUAUUAUAUCUUUUAUGCAUCUAUUUAAUUUGUAUUAUUCUCAUGUUAUUACCAAUUGGAACAUUUAUACCACUUGCUUAUUUUACGGGUUACUUUGCGGAUAUUGAUCAAAUCACAAUGGCCAUAACAUUUCAUAGAAUUCAACUCGUUUCAUGGAUAAUAUUUUGUAUCGGUUAUUUAACUGCCAUUAUUUCAUUUUGGAAUAAUCGACAUAAUCUUAUUAAUUUGGAAACAAAUGAGGAAAUAAAAUAUA